UGCAACACUUUUAUAGACAAAUUUCCUGAAAAUAUCAAAAUAUACAACAGAAUUCAACCAAAGAACUACCACAGUCACUAUGCAACACUGUUGCCUUCUCUUUUCUUUUUUUUUUCCUUAAAAGUAAAAAAAUGACCAUAUAUUUUGAUUCUUCCUCUGUACUCUUUAAGAAACGAUCUUUUAUAAUAACCUUCUCAUAUGCCUGAGGAAAGAAACCCAACACACAAGUAAAGAAAAGAAACUGUGCCCAGAGCAAAAAAAUGAGACAUCUCCUUUACAUUUUCUUCUUCAUUCCCAUUCUUGGCUUUGCAGGAGCUGGUCAAGAAUCAACACCCAUUGAAGCUCUGAAUCUCCUUCAACUUCUUCCUCAAACUACUGAUCUUGAGCUAGCUGUUUCCGUGAGAGACAACAAAACCAUUACGGAGAUUUCAUCAAGCAUCAUAAAGGCUGAAACUUGGCUUAAAACCCAUGUCCUCUCUCGUUACCCUUCCACCAAAAUCACCACCAUUGUUAUCUUUUCCCCUGACUCUUGCCAAACCACGCCCUUUGACCUGGUCCUCUCAUCUUUGAAGAACCUACACCAUUCUCUCACAAGAUGGGGUCUUGAGAAGAAGAUCAAAGUCUCCUCUGGCUUCUCUUACCAGUGCUUAAACAACCUAGAAACCUUUAAACCUACUCUCGCCUUCCUCAGAUCCAUAAACUCCACUUUCACCAUAAACCCACCUCCAAACUUCCUCUACUCUCCUGAUAACCAUCUUGACAUGCUUCGUUCCGUGGAGAAGUUGGGAUCUUUGAGCUUCAACAGAGUGAACUUCUUAAACCCUGAACCAGAAGAAGCUGCGGUGGCGGCGAUGGCAUCAAGAAGAAAUCUCAGAUCUUUAGUCAAUUUUAGCACAAAAUUCACAUUUAACUUCCCGACAUUACCCUCUCCGUCGCCGGAAAACUCACCAGUUCACUCCUCCGUCGGAUAUCCAUCUCCACAGCCUUCGCCGGAGCUCUCACCGCCGGAGCAAUCUCCGAUCUCAUCUCCGCCGGAGCAAUCUCCGAUCUCAUCUCCAGGACUCUCGCUUUCGCCGUGCAUUCCACAUCAGACUCCUUCGCCGCCGGCGAAAGAGAAGGGCGUGGAAGGGCUGUGGUGCGUGGCGAAACCGAGCGUGGCGGCGGAGACACUGCAGCAGUCGUUGGACUUUGCGUGCGGACAAGGAGGAGCCAACUGCGACGAGAUUAAGCCUCGCGGGAUAUGUUUCUAUCCGGACACGACAGUGGCUCAUGCUUCUUAUGCUUUCAACAGUUACUGGCAAAAGACUAAACGUAACGGAGGAAGUUGCUCUUUCGGUGGCACCGCCAUGCUUAUCACUACUGAUCCAAGUUAUCAGCAUUGCAGGUUUGUUCUGAGUUGAGAUUUGUCGGAAGUGGAAGACCGGUAAUGAUAUCAUGGAAACAGAGCUAGAAGACGGAAGAUUUUCUCAAUAAUUGUUACUAUUAGUUAAGAGUUAAUUUCUCUUUAGUUUUCGUGGACUAUCAUUUUGGGUUAAAUAAUUGUGUUACGCUUAAAACCCAAAAUCAUUCAGGCUACUGGGUAGGCUUUGUUUUACUUAAAGAGAAAAAAAUAUUGACAAGAAAACUAUCAGAGCCAAGUUUCGAUCCUGGGACCUGUGGAUUAUGGGCCCACCACGCUUCCGCUGCGCCACUCUGAUGUUGUUGUUAUUCUUUUACUUACCUUUUAUCUCACAUUAGUACUUCAUGCUUCAUGAGUUCAUUCGAUAGGCUUUGUUGUCAUCGAGUGCACUGGUUAAAUGUUCUCAUUUUGUAAUUGCCAAAGUUUGCGAAUAUUCACAAGACUGUUUCUA